AAAGACAAGCUCCCUCUGCGUUACAGCGUACGUCAGACUUGAAGCCAUGGAGCCAACUCUGCAGCAGCGGUGGGCGCGCUUCGCCGAGGAGGACCUCAGCACCUUCGUGACGUGCUCGGCGCUGUUCACGGCGUUCCAAGUGGGCAAGGAGUUCCGCGGCGUGCAGGACAAGCUGCUGCCUGCAGCUCAGCGACUGGCGCUCGCUGCGCGCCGCACAGGCCCCAAGGUGCCGCUGCUCGUGUGCUCCGCCGCUGUCGGCAUGGCCGGCAUGAAGCUCUCGAUCGCCGCCGUGUCGCACUACCGCCAGGACUUCUCGCGCGACAACGUGCUCAUGGCCUUCCCCGUGUGCGGCGCGCUGCUCAACGUGCACCGAGGCCCGCGCGCAAUGGCCAAGGGCGCGGUGGCCCUCGCUGCGCUGGGCUACAGCGCAGACUACGUGUUCGGCAUCUACCACCGCAUGAAGUUCGAGGAGGCUCGGCGCGAGCACGAGGAGGAGAUGGCGCUGCUACGCCACUACCAGGCCGCGACUCACUUGGAACUCGAGCCGCUCGCCGUCAGCGCGCGCGAGUAUUGA